CCAUCCACCAGCCCGGCGCGCGCAUCCUCGGAAUCCUCGGCCGCCUCCUGCUCCUCUCCAGCGGCCGCGCCGUCUACGCUGGCACUCCAGCCGGCCUCAAGCCCUUCUUCUCCGAGCUCGGCACGCCCAUCCCCGACAACGAGAACCCGGCCGAGUUCGCGCUCGACACCAUCCGAGACCUCGAGCGCCAGCCCGACGGCGCCGCGAAGCUCGCCGACUUCAAUGCCAGGUGGCACGGCGACACCAUCGGCAAGGUGAGCAGCACUGUGAUGUCGCUGGAGUUGGCCGUGGCCGAGAGCGUCUCCCGGGGUAAGCUGAGCCGGCUGAUCGAGAGCACCACCGGCACAGUGGGGAUGCCGACGUACGCGAACCCGCUGGCGUUGGAGGUGUGGGUGCUGAGCAAGAGAUCGUUCAUCAACUUCCGGCGCAUGCCGGAGCUCUUCGCGCUGCGGCUGGGCACGCUCAUGGUGACGGGCCUCGUCCUGGCGACCAUCUUCUUCCGCCUGGACGACACGCCCAGGGGCGUCAAGGAGCGGCUCGGCUUCUUCGCCAUGGGCAUGACCACCAUGUUCUACGUCAGCGCCGGCACGCUGCCGGUGUUCAUCCAGGAGCGCCACGUGUACCUCCGCGAGACGGAGCACAACGCGUACCGCCGGAUCUCGUACGUCCUCGCCAGCUCCGCGGUGUUCUCCCCGCCGCUGGUCAUCCUGUGCCUGGCGUUCGCGGUCAUCACCUUCUUCGCCGUCGGCCUGGCCGGCGGCGGCGCGUCCUUCGGCUUCUUCGUGCUCACCGUCCUGGCCUCCCUCUGGGCGGGCAGCGGCUUCGUGACGUUCCUGUCGGCGGUGGUGCCGCACGUGAUGCUGGGCUACACGGUGGUGGUGGCCGUCCUCGCCUACUUCCUCCUCCUCUCCGGCUUCUUCAUCACCCGGGACAGGAUCCCGGGCUACUGGAUGUGGCUCCACUACAUGUCCCUCGUCAAGUACCCGUACCAGGCGCUGGUGCAGAACGAGUUCGGCGACGCCAGCAGGUGCUUCGCGCGGGGGAUCCAGGUGUUCGACGGGACGCCCGUCGGCGGCAUGUCGGAGGCCGUCAAGAUGAAGGUGCUCGGCGCCAUCAGCGCCGCCCUCGGCACCAACGUCACGGCCAGCACGUGCCUCCUCACCGGCGCCGACGUGCUCAAGCAGCAGGCCGUCACGGACCUAGGGAAGUGGAGUUGCCUCCUGGUCACGGCGGCAUUCGGCUUCUUCUUCCGUGCUCUCUUCUACGUCGUCUUGCUCGUCGGGGGCAAGAACAAACGGAGAUGAUAUCGAUCACGCGCGUCCCUAGCUCCUUAAUUUCACUUUUACCUCAACAGCUAAAUUAAGCAUGCCUCUGUCAUAUCUGCAA